AUGAUAGAAAGUGAUAUCUCAUCCAUAAUGUCAGGAAUUAUUAGAAAUUCAGGGCAAAAUCAUCACGCGAAUUCGCAGGAAUACAGACUCCUGACUUCGGGUCCCACCCAGCCGAGCGAGGACAACGUCCACACUGACCUGGAGUCUCUCUCGUGGCUGACGUCCGUGGAUGUGCCGAGGCUGCAGCAGAUGACGAGCGGCCGGAUGGACUUCAGCGCCCCAGGCUCCCUGAUGCAGCAGACAGGUCCCAUGGCAGCAAACAUGCAACCCGUGGGUGCCCCGGGCACCGUGAUCCACAUGCCAGCCAGCAUGCCCCGUCAGGGGAUCCUGGGACUGGACGGCAUGGCCACACAUGGAGCAAACCUGAACCAGUAUCCGGUGGGAGCCCAGCUCUACCCAAGCGUGCAGAGCCAGCAGCCGCCGUACCCGCCUCCCUCUCGGCCGCCGCCGUUCCCCCUGGCCCAGGACCCUCAGCGGGUGCUGGUGUCGGCCGUGGGGCCUCUGCCGGAUCCCCAGUGCUCACCAGCUGGAAUGUACAGAGUCUCCUACGGGUCCCAGCCGCAGUUCCCGCCUCCCCGGUUUGCACCACCCUCAGUCAAAGACCUGCACCCCAAACCCUACCCGAAGCCCAUCUACUCAUACAGCUGCCUCAUUGCCAUGGCCCUGAAGAACAGCAAGACAGGAAGCCUCCCCGUGAGUGAGAUCUACAGCUUUAUCAAGGAGCACUUCCCCUAUUUCAAGACGGCUCCAGAUGGCUGGAAGAAUUCCGUGAGGCACAACCUGUCCCUGAACAAGUGCUUCGAGAAGGUGGAGAACACGAUGAGCGGGUCAUCGCGCAAGGGCUACCUGUGGGCCCUCAAUCUGGCCCGGAUCGAUAAGAUGGAGGAGGAGAUGCACAAGUGGAAACGGAAGGACCUGGCGGCCAUUCACCGGAGCAUGGCCAAUCCCGAGGAGCUGGACAAGCUGAUCACCGACCGGCCCGAGAGCUGCCGGCCCGCGGGGAAGCUGCCGGGGCCCCAGCUGGUGCCCGCGCCAGCCCCCGAGGGAUGGAAGCCCAUUUCCCAGCUCCCGACCCAGCCCAUCGUCAACCUGACCCUGCAGGCUGUCCCCCGGCACCACCCCCACCCCCACCCCCACAUCCAGACCCGGGCUCGCCUCACCCCCGACUCUCCGGCCCCCGCCCAGACCCCUCCGCUGCACCCCCUGCCCGACAUCCACCCCAGCCCCCUCCCCCCGCCCCCUCCGGGCCAGGCCCCGACAGACUUCCUCAACGUGAUGGCCGACGCGAACCCCGAAGUGGACGCCCUGGACCCCAGCAUCGUCGACUUCGCCUUGCAAGGGAACAUCUGGGAAGAAAUGAAGGAUGACAGUUUCAACCUCGACACCCUCGGUGCCUUCAGCAAUUCCCCCCUCCAGCUAUCAGACUGUGAGCUGGGGGCUUCCGGCCUCACCCCCGCAUCCAGCGGCAGUGACCAGUCCUUCUCAGACUUGCAAGUGACUGGCCUCUAUGCCACCUACAGCGCACCGGACGUGUCUUCCUCCUCCUCCUCCUCCUCCUCCGCCCAGUACCUGGGCACCCCAGGCUCCAAACCCAUCGCCUUGCUAUAAGCCGGUGCUCGUUUUUAGGACGCCCAAGGCCUGUGCCCGGACUGGGGCCUUAAGGGUGGGGCGGAUCGCCGGAGACUCCGUCCCCGCGGAACGGUGCCUCUCGCAGUUGCCACCGAGGAGGCCCGUGGCCGUCAACCCGUCACCUCGGAUCGUAUAUUUGAGCUGGCCAGGCAGUAGGGUGAUCAAGGGUUCACACUCUUGACGCCAAACAGGGAGAUGGCCACACUAAACAGCUCUCUGCGUCUCUGAGAGUCAACACCAAAUCCAGGCCUGCUCGACAGAAAGGACCUUCCAGCCCCUUGAGUUUUUGUUGAUUCAAUUAGUCAAUCAAUCCACAGUAUUUAAGGAGCACUUCCUGUAUGCAGAGCACUGUACUAAGCUCUCAGCUCUGUCCUUUUGGCUUUGGAUGCCAGUCUCCUAAACGUCUCCCCGCUCCAGAGACAGACAACCGGAGGACUGUCCCUAUCGAGUCUCAACCCUGCUCCUUAACACAAAAACUUUCUGGGAUUCCAGUGACAG